CUCUGUCUCUCUCUGUGUCUCUGUCUCUCUCUCUCCCCUUCCUCUUACCCGUUGCGCACAGAUAAGAGGCAGGGAGUGGUCAGACUCAGCGGACUAACAGAGAGGACAGACUUGUUGACAUAUCUGAGACAUAAAGCUCCUCUGGUUUUCUGUGACCUGAUCUAUAAAGUGACCUCUGCAGUGAUGGCGGUGUCAGUCUCCAGGGACCUGACGGUGCAGGUGUUGGAGGAUGUGAACGCUGUGAAGCUGACGGACACACAGCAGGCUCUGCGGGCUGCCAUCCAGAGGGGAGAGCCCAAGAGUCUGGGGGUGAGUCAGGUGAUGCUGGGACUGAUGGUCAUGUCCUACUCCAUCCCUCUGCACCUCACUCACAUCACUGAGGUGGUCAACCUGGGAGUUCCCUGGUGGAGCGGCUUAACGUUCAUCACAGCAGGAGUGGUGGCAAUCAUCUUGGACAAACACUGCACCAUGAAGAUUCUGCGUGUGUGUCUGAUAGCCAGCGGGGUGUCCACGGUGCUGUCGGUGGUGGCGGUGAUCAUCUACUCUGUGGACAUGAGCCGGAACCCGGGGUCCCCCUGCGUCGUGACGUCAUAUGGGCCGUGUGACGAAGAACACUAUGCCACGAUGCUGAGCAGAGGACUGAAGUCGUCCCUCCUCCUCUUCACCCUCACCCAGACUGUCAUCUCUGCCAUCGUCUGCUUCCUUCUCUUCAGGCAGAGACGCAGCUUCGGACAGUACUCUUCUCUCCAUCAGGCUGCUCCAUUGACCCCCACCACCAUCACAGCCCCAGACUUUUACUGACCACGAUGCAUCACUUCUACACAGGUGACUGAUCACCUGUUUGACCUGUAAUCAUUUUGUCUCUCUGCUUGUAUCCAUGACUUAUCCACAAUGCUACUUGAGAUGCCGACAGCUGAUGAUUAAUGCUUUCUUAGUGUGCUUAUGAAUGUCUGUCAAGAGCUGAUUAUUACAUUAUUUGUACACUUAAACCAAAUAAUUAAAAACUCUGAUGAAGUCAGAUGUAGUCAUAAUAAUUGUAAUGGAAGAAUGAUUGUAUAUGUAUUCCCCUUCCUUAUGACACACCUCCGUCACCAUAUUCAAUAUUCAAACCUACCGGUGUGUUUAACCUACCGGUGUGUUUAACCUACCGGUGUGUUUAACCUACCAAUGUGUUUUACUGGUCAACACUCAUGUGAAACUAACAGAGAACAGAUGUGUGUAUUUUUGUACAAAGUAUACAUUAUCAUAAUGAAUUUUGUUGUUUUAUAAAAUACAUGUUUCUCUUUGAUAUUCUUUUGUGAAUUGUAUGCAAAUAAAAUGUUGUGUAGUCCAGUGAGACACAUUUUGUGGAA